ACUUUGACAGGUUAACGUGGUUAACCUCAAAGAUUAAUAAUCUUCCAUUUUUGUCAUUUUAUUUAACUUAUUUUCAUAGAAAGUAGUACGUAAUCGAUAAUAAAGUACAAGUUUAAGAUUUUGUGCCUAUAGUAUAAAAUAUUUCUAGUCGUCAAGUGUUGAAAAUCGUGAAAAUUCAGCAGGUUUUUUUAUUUUUCUGAACACGUCACUCAUCUUUCACAAUAAUCUCAUAUUUAUUGCCAAAUUAUCGACAGAAACAAAAUGUCUUCUCCGUGGACAAAAAUCGAACCAGUAGAAGGUCCUACUAGUUUUCUGGAAAUAACGUCCGAGGAAUUGGCCAAAAGCUUGCAGGAAAAAGAAGAAGUACGCAAAUAUCCAGAAACACUCGUUGAAAUACAAGAAGUGCCACUGGAUUCUGAAUUAUAUGAAAUUGAUGGCACAGACAGUGACGAAGUAAUUGCACACUUGGUACAAGCUGAAUUUAAUGAUGAACACGAUUUAAUGUUAAAACGGACUGAAAACAAGUACAAUCGCGAUUCAAAAGUGAACAUUUCUUACUCAAAUUAUCGAGCAGGCCCUUCUGAACUUGAAGAGCCAAAACCUAUCAUUGAUGAAAAUCGAGACAUCGAUCAUUUUGUUGAAGUUGAAAAAGAAUACGCUUCCAUACCGCGCUGUGGUUACAAGAAAGUAGUAAACGACGAAGGCGAAGGUUCACAAAUUGUGACUAAACACGACAUCCUGAUGUCCUCCAGGAUUAACGCUUGUCGCCUUCUUGAAUUCCCUCCGGGAAUUGAAACCGGAGACACAGGAAAAUUCGACGUAAAGUUGGGCAACAGAGUCUUCAACGAUCUCCGCGCACACAGUCACGCCCACUGUUCCAGGGAAAAAGCCAAAGCCAGGCUUACCGCGAAACCUAAAGAAAAAGAGAAGGAAAAAGAAAAAUAGUUUUUUGGCCUCUCAUCCAAGAAACUUAUUUUUCUUAUUGAAACUCUAAUUGCAGAGUUCUGUCCUGGCAGUCUGAAUUUAAUUCUUUUUCGCCAAAAUUUUCAGUAUAAAAGACUGAAUCUACGAAACUGAAAAAGCAAGACAGUCUUCUUUUGGUUUUUUACCGAUUUCAAAAUGUAAUAUCGAAGAAUCAAUAAACUGUUUGUAAAAAUGUAA